AUGCCUUAUGCCGAAAGCGAGGUCGACCUCCUCGUGCCGGUCGAAUCGGCGCUGAACACCGAUGAGCGCGUUUUCCGCGCGCGCGGAAUAGACGGAUUGCCCGCUAUUGGAAUUCAGCGCGGCGUGACCAUCGUGACCCCAUACCGUCUCUAUUUUCCCAAGCGAUUCUUCCGGGAAUUCGCCAUCCUGGCCGCUGUGAAACCCUCCGACCGCCGUGGCGGCUAUUUGUUCGCCACCGUCAACCCGUUCGACACGAUCGUCGACUUGGGGGUGUUGUUGGAACCGGCUGACUCUGGCCGGACGAACAUCACGUUGAUGUACAGCAACUCGAGAACGGACACCUAUUCCAAGGCUAUCGCCUCAUUUCUAGUGCCGCAAUUUGAGCAGGAGUGGACACAGUUUGCGCUUGAGGUCCGCCGUGACGAGGUGAUCCUCUACUUCAAAUGUGUUCGAUACUCGGCGAUCAGGGUAAACCGUGUCCCGGAACAACUUCACAUGGAAGAUGCUCACAAGCUCUAUAUUGCCGGCGCGGGCCCAAUUAUUAAGAGCGGCUACGAGACACUAGCCAAUGAGACCGAAGAUGAUCUGCUGACGAAGAGUACGGCGGGACUUCCGUCAACAUUAGUUGAUCGGAAAUUGAGUCAACAAGUUCAAGACGGGCAGGAGACCCGGAUAGAACAUGAGAAAAUUGACUUAAGAUGGCUACCAUCAACAGCAGCGCCUCGAAAACUGGAGCAACAAGGUCAAGAGAUUCAAGAGAAAACUCGAAAAGUCGACUCCACAACUAAAUCAUCAACAGCAGCCCCUAGAAAAUCUGGCCAACGAGCUCGAGCAGUACGACCAGAGCCCAGAAUAGUCUCCAGCAGACUUGCGGGUACAGGAAUCCUGGAAAAGGCUGGCCAACAAGUUCAAGCAGUUCAAGGCCUAGAAACAGGCGUCAAAAUGGACUUCACAAAAGAACCGAAAAUAGUAUCCUCUCGGAAACUAGGCCAACAGGUUCAAGCAGUUCAAGGGAACGAGCGCAAAAUAGACUCCAGAAGGCUCGCGUCAACAGUAUCCGUUCGGAAAUUGGGCCAACAAGUCCCAGCAGUUCAAGGGACCGAGAAUAAACUAGAUGCUAGAACAAGAGCAUCUACAGGCGCCAGAACAAAGCGAGAAACCGACGAAGACGCCAACGAUUUUCUGGGUCAAUUCGAGUUAGCUUUUGAUGACGACGAAACCAUCCACUCAACAACUGAACAACCAUGGGAAGUGGUUGGAGAUGAACAAGCCGAAGAUGGCUCUUAUUCCAUUGUCGACGUGCCGGAUGCACUCCCAGAACUUGUCGUGCCAUCAGAAGUUGAUCAGCUGCCACGAUUGGAAUUGUUGCGUGUCUCGGAAGAGGGGGCAGACAGUGAGAGGGUGGAUGAUGCUGUAGAACAGGACGAGGGCUCGGGCGGGGUUUUGGAUGAAGAUGGACCAGGGAAGACACGGUCUUCACAGCCAAUGCUUGAACUUCCGCCAGCUCCGACACCACCACCACCGCCACCUCCAGAUUUUAUGCGCGAGCAGGCGUACACUUCGUCGAGCUCGUUCGUCGCCCAGGGACUCCAGGGGCCAAAGGGAGAUCGCGGAGAGCCGGGGGUGGGCGAAAAAGGCGAAUGUGAACGCAGCAACAGCCUAGAUCAACUCCCGGCCUACAAUUCUGAAGUACACUCCCAGCACAGCAAGGGCCCGAAAGGUGAUCGUGGAGACCAAGGACCCCCAGGGCCACCCGGACCCCCUGGAAUCGAUGGAAAUUCGGGAGGAGGCUCUUCCUCCUCUUCCGGCCCUGCCACUGCCCCAAUCUUCCAGACAACCGUUGACCUGUUCGGGCUUGGCCGCCAUCUCCGUGAGGGCAGUCUAGCCUUUGUCACGUCAUCUCAGCAGCUGUUCAUUCGCGUCACAAAUGGUUGGCGGGAAGUGAUGCUCGGUCAAUAUCAUCCGAUACUCGAGGCUCGUCCAUCUACGGAAACCCCACCUAUUGAGACGCAGAAACAGCCGAUGGCCGAGGAGCCGAGAGUACAGAAUCCUGUGCGAAAUUCGUACUACUAUGAUCAUCAACUGCCGGCGGGACAUCCACAGGAGAAAGAGAGGGUGCUUCACCUGAUCGCCCUAAAUCAACCAAUGUCGGGACGUAUGUCCGGUCUUCGAGGUGCUGAUCUACAAUGCUAUAAAGAAGCGCGCCAAGCCGGAUUUUCAACAACUUUCCGCGCAUUGUUGAGCAGUAAAACACAGGACCUCGUGAACAUUGUGCACAAAGUGGAUCGCGGUACCCGUGUGGUGAAUGUGGAUGGAGAAGAGCUGUGGCCAUCGUGGGAUGGACUAAUCGAGGGUAGACCACCAGCUGAUGGCGUCGCUCUACAGUCAUUCCAUCGUCAAGACGUCUUCCAAUCAUCUGAAUGGUCUGAUCGCCGUGUCUGGCACGGAUCGGUGGAUGGCGGCCUCCGAUCGUCGGAUCUUCUUUGCGAUGGCUGGAGGACUGGUAGUGCUUGGGAGAACGCGCUCGCGUCACCUUUGGAACGCGGGAUGCCGUUGGUGGGGAUGGCGCAGAAGGUCUCUUGCGACUCCAAGUUGAUUGUGCUCUGCGUCGAGAACAUGUCGAAAUACAACGUCGACCGCAUCCUCGCCAAGAAGAACGUCCACGAACGAGAC